AGAAGCAGCAGCAGCCACGGUCGCCACUCAACCGCCGAGCGGAAGAAAGAGUCCGCGGUCGAUCGGCGGGGCGCGACUGCAGCAACAGCAGCAAGCCACCGUCGGACGGGCGGCCCCGGAGACUUUGCUCUCGCUUGGUUCUUUGCGGACCACCGCCUGUCUCCCUUUUGCUGCUUCUUAGUGCCGGCGAGGAUCUCCGGGGCAAACUGGGACCCCUCCCCAGCCCGCCUCUCCCCCGAUGGAGAACUUCCAGAAAGUGGAGAAGAUCGGGGAAGGCACUUACGGCGUGGUCUACAAAGCCAAGAACAAAGUCACUGGCGAGGUGGUCGCGCUGAAAAAAAUCCGCUUGGACACGGAGACGGAAGGAGUUCCCAGUACUGCAAUCAGAGAGAUUUCACUCUUAAAGGAAUUGAACCAUCCCAACAUAGUCAAAUUGUUGGAUGUGAUCCACACUGAGAACAAACUCUAUUUGGUUUUUGAGUUCUUGCAUCAAGAUCUAAAGAAAUUCAUGGAUUCUUCUACUUCGAUCAGUGGUGUAGAGUUACCUCUUAUCAAGAGCUACCUGUUCCAGCUGCUGCAGGGUCUUGCCUUUUGCCAUUCCCAUCGUGUCCUCGUGGUGACCCUUUGGUAUCGAGCUCCAGAAAUUCUCCUUGGCUGCAAAUACUACUCAACAGCAGUGGACAUAUGGAGCCUUGGAUGCAUCUUUGCAGAGAUGUUAACCCGCAGAGCUCUCUUCCCUGGGGAUUCUGAAAUCGAUCAGCUAUUUCGCAUCUUCCGUACACUGGGCACCCCGGAUGAGACUGUGUGGCCAGGAGUCACCGCUAUGCCUGAUUAUAAGUCCAGUUUUCCCAAAUGGGCCCGGCAGGACUUUAGCAAAGUAGUGCCACCGUUGGAUGAAGAAGGCAGAAAACUUCUAGCACUAAUGCUGCAUUAUGAUCCCAACAAGAGAAUUUCGGCCAAGACUGCUCUCAAUCACCCCUUCUUUCGAGAUGUCACAAAAGCUUUGCCACACCUCCGCUUGUGAAAUAGAACUGGAGCCAACAGAGUAACUGCAGUGCAGGCUCUGCAACAUGCCUUUUCCUCGGGCAGCCCUGGUUGCUUGCACUUAACUUUUCAACUUAACCCUGGAGAGAACACUGGUGAUCCAGUUGGGGCACAGCCUAUACCUUUAGGAUUUUAUUCCUGAACUCACCCUUUAAAGCACUAAGCUGAGCUUGAGGAUUCGCUGGUUCCAAGCUGCCUUGUGAAAAGAGAAGGGUCUCCAAAGCUAUCAGCUCCAAGGAUUCACCUUGCUUGAGAAAACACCCUUUUCAUUCUUCACGUGUUUUAUUUCCCCCAUGAGUUCCAUGCUUCCUUCUUGGUGGCUUCUUCAAACUUAGGCAUUCUGUAUUUGUUUAUUCUCCAGCUCUUGACAUCUUGGCACAAGUAUGGUGUAGAUGCUUCUCUUUUAUGAGAGGGCUAAGGGACUUUGGCAACAUAUUUUGUGGCAUUUUUCAUCUGUGAUGUUGGUCAGUUUAACCCACUUGAUAAAAUAAUCCUGGAGGGAGGGGAUUGCUGAAGUAUGCCUUGAUAAUUAUUCAAAUGCUGACUGCAUCACUAAGCUCUUUUUGACAUCUGAUAUGCAGAGUGCUUUUUUUAAAGAAAAAAAAACUUCAAAACAAUUGCUCUUUCAGCAGGGAGAUGGGCAAAUCUUUAUUCACCCAGUAUUGUGUUAUAUUAUAUACCUGUUUCCUUAUUCUGGGUCAGUUAGCUGAUGGUCUUUCUGAGUUUGCAGCCAAUUAAUGCCUUAUGUUUGGCAAUUAUGGAUUGUCAUUCCAAUAUUGUCUUCCUAUCACAGUCGGGAAAAUUUCAAAUGUCAGUUCUGAUGGGUUGGCCUGCCUUUAAG